AUGCAGACCCUCUACGACAUUCUCAACGUGCCGAUGGGUGCCUCACAAAACGAGCUUCAGCACGCGUACCGGCGUCUUCUCACUCGCUACCACCCAGACCGCUGCUACCACGACAACGACAGCGUGGCGUACAAUACAAACCGCAAACUGGACAAGGAACGGAUGUGCCUUCUCCAGCAAGCGUACAAGGUGCUGGCGAACCCACAUAAGCGAAGCGAGUAUGACGCCUACCUAGCCCAAAAGCUGGCGAGCGACUCUGCGACGUAUCACCUGGCUCCCCAGCAGGUUCGUCGUCUGCAAGGCAUGACACAGCCACAGGUGUUUGCAUUCGGCGGCGGUGCUACCAGGAGCGUAAGCGGUAUAGCAGGCGACGUGAAGGCGAUGGAGAUGCCGACGGUGAAGAACAGCAGUGUGUCGGCAACAGCAGGCGUCGCAUCUGCUGCUAGACAGCUCACCUCUACACAGGAAGGAGCUUGUCGCGGUGGUGCCGUGCAUCUGCACUAUGCGAACCCCAUGACACGAGCGUUGGCUACCCCAUUCCGUGUUGCAGAAACAUCAGCUACGACAGUGCAGGAGGAGGCCGUAGACUUUGCGAAGUCGCCGUCACCGCACACACUUCCGUACGUGCCUGUCGUGUACACGGCCUCGGUGUCCAUGCGACGCGGUUCCGAUGACACCUUGCCAGUGCCCACAAUGGCGGAGGGCUCCUUUAAAGUACAUCUCGUGGUUCCCACUCACGGCAUCGCUGCAUCAGGCGCCCAGACCUCCACUGCCUGGCCGCAGGUUUCUCCGCAGCACCAGGAGCAGCCAUCAGCGGCAUCGCCAACUGCGGUGCUGUCCGCCUUGUCGCACGUCCCAUUGCCGCGCCGCGUCCGUAUAAUUCAAGAACAUCUCGUCAUCCUCGCGGGAGACAGCUAA